AAUUGGGACAUUAGACAAAGACUCGAAGUGCAUUACAAGGUCAAACACAUUUCUACACACACAGAGAUUGUAAUAAUAUUUCCUCUCUCUCAAACAAGAAGAAAUGGCUCCGAUUGCAGUUGGUGCUUCCAUUCCCGACGGAACUCUCGCUUACUUUGACGAGUAUGAUCAGCUUCAGGAGGUCUCCGUUCACUCCCUUGCUGCUGGUAAGAAGGUUGUCCUCUUUGGCGUUCCUGGUGCUUUCACUCCUACUUGCAGUGUGAAGCAUGUGCCUGGAUUUAUUGAGAAAGCUGAGGAAUUCAAGGCUAAGGGUGUCAGUGAGAUCUUGUUGAUCAGUGUUAAUGAUCCAUUUGUGAUGAAGGCAUGGGCAAAGACUUACCCAGACACCAAGUUUGUUAAGUUCCUGGCUGAUGGAUCCGGCAAAUACACUCAUGCUCUUGGCCUCGAGCUUGACCUUACUGAGAAAGGGCUCGGUGUUCGUUCUCGCAGGUUCGCUGCGGUAGUUGAUGAUCUCAAGGUUCAGACUAUUAACAUCGAAGCUGGGGGAGAAUUCACUGUUUCUGGCGCAGAGGAUCUUCUCAAGACUCUUUAAAUUGUCAAUCCUUGUUUGCUUAAUGCUGAAUUCUUUUUAAGAAUCAGUACUAGUCUCCUUUUAUUUUCGCGAAAUCUGGAUUGUCUCAACUUUAUUUGAGAUAUUAAUAAUGGUUUAUGGAUA